AUGAACGCCGAUCUCAAGGCGCAGCUGCGGGAACUGAACAUUGAAGUUGGUGGUGGCCGGAAAGCUAUCAUAAUUUUUGUAUCAGUUCCUCAGCUGAAGUCUUUCCAGAAAAUCCAAGUCUGGCUGGUUCGUGAAUUGGAGAAAAAGUUCAGUGGGAAGCCCGUCGUCUUCAUUGCUCAGAGGAUUCUGCCCAAGCCAACUCGGAAAAGCUGCACGAAAAAGAAGCAGAAGCGCCCCAGAAGCCGCAGCCUCACUGCAGUACAUGACGCCAUCCUCGAGGACUUGGUCUUCCCAAGUGAGAUUGUGGGGAAGAGGAUCUGCGUGAAACUGGAUGGCAGCCGGCUCAUAAAGGUUCAUUUAGACAAAGCCCAGCAGAACAACGUGGAGCACAAGGUUGAAAAUUUUUCUGGUGUGUAUAAGAAGCUCACAGGCAAAGAUGUUAAUUUUGAAUUCCCAGAGUUUCAGUUGUGAAGAAAAUGACUGAAAAAAGUGUCAUUCGUAGUAAAAAAAAAAAAAAAAAAAAAAA